AUGGACAAAGCCAGCCUCCAAAGAGUGUUUUCAGCGUGUGACAUUAACAAAUCUGGUGUGAUUGAAUUCGAAGACUUUACGGUUGUUUGUCGAGAGCUCAAUGUGCCUGAAGACGAAAUCAAAACGUUAUUCAACAAAUUCGGUGCUAGUGCAGAUGGAUGUAUCAAUUACAGCAAUUUCUCCUCUCGGUUUCAAGAGGUUUCAGAAACAUUGGAUUUAGCCUCUUUUGGGGCGUCUCCUCAAAGUCAAGAGAGUCCUUGGGACGAGUUCCAGAGCAGGAUGGACGAUGUAACAGGUCUCCUCUCAGGAAGGUAAAUCUAUCUGGUGGUUGGUUGGUGUGAAUAGUUUGACCAAUUUGGACUUGCUCUUACAGUAGACUAUGUGGGUGCAAUAUGUAGAUAUUCGUUAAUCCCUCUGAUUUUUAUAAAUAUGUAACAUUUUGAAAUUACUGUUGUCCAUAGUCUCGUUCUUCUCUUUCAGACUGCGUGAUCAAUUGGCUGAGCUGUACCAAGCCAUUUACUCCACCUCAGAACCUCUCAUGUUGCAACAAUAUGAGGGAUUUAUUGAUGCUCUUGUCACUGAGAGCAAGGACCACAGGCUUGAGAGCGAGCAGGUGGAAACCAGUUUAAGAAGGUAGCAAUUCAGUCAUAGCAGCAUACCUUGGGUCAGAUUCCACAGGGGGUGGAGGGAAACACUAAAUUGAGAAAAAAUCUACCAAAUGUAUUGCCUGAAUAUGUUAUCUUCUCCCUCUAAUUGGGUUCCAAAGAAUGGAACAUAUUUAUAUCAGUUAAUUCGGUCAUUUGUCUGUUUGUGUUACUGGAUACACAUAUGUAAUGUUCAUGUUGUGGGAUAUCCGUGCAACAAUGAUCCAAUCAAGAGCAGGCCUGUGCUGUUAAUCAGUUUACUUUUACAAAUGUGAGUUGAUUGUGCCAGUAACCUAUGCAUCCCACAGAAAAGUGAUCAUCACACAUAAUUGCAUGUUUCCAACUACUGAAUUCAACUACUGAAUUGUAACCUUAGAUGGGGUGGAGUCGGUUUUGUGGUUCAGAGGCUGCAUUUCAUUAGAUAGGGAUUACAUUUCUCAAGGAAGUAGGAAAUCUUAAAUGAGUUGCUCUGCCUGAUCUCAUCAUUAUCUCCUUGUAAACUGAGUUGUCCCUUUAUAUAUUUCCAUUCAGGCCUAUUCCCUUCACUUAUGCAAAUGAAUGUGCCUGUAAAACCCCAAAUUCUGACACAAAUAUAGAUGUUUAAUCAAUUUGUCAUUCAUUAAAUCUCAAACUAUGCAGAGCCCAGUCUUGUGAACCUGUGGCAUUUGCCUCCUAGGGGGCCUCGCCUGACUCAUGACUGGCUGGACCAAGUGUUGUCACCUGAUUAUGACAGAACACAUUUAACUGAGUAGUGAGUCCUGCCCGCUCAAAGUAGACCAUUAGAUGAAAACACAUGGGCAAUGGAUACAAAUGGACCAGAUAUGAUUGGAACCAAAAGGUGUACUUCUAUGUGCCGUGUUGCUGUUUUUGAAGGCUUGCAAACAAUGCCUCAACUUCAUUUUCUGACUCAUCACUUUUGCUGAACUAGUGUUUGGGCAGUUGUUUUGCACUUGAUGGCAUCCAGGGCAGACAUGUAAAUGGUAUGUAUCUCUGUGUGCCGACAGAACAGAGGAGCUCAACACAAGUCAGUUGACAAAGCUGGAGGAGAACAUGCAGCAGCAGCUUUCCCGUGUAGAGGACAGGGUGAGAGAAGAGGUAAGUGACAUUCUGAGGACUGCAUUACAUCAGUAUAGUACACAGUGCUAGAAAUUAAACAUUUAAUUUGCUCUAUAUCAACUUAAGAACUAUAAAAACAAAGCAAGCAAAUAACUUGAGCUGAGUCAUUAAGAAUGCAUUGGUUUAAUUGAAAACAUACCUUUGGAAAAUUUAAAAAGGAAUGAGAAAAAGUUAAGUAAUAGGGCUUAUAUUGGGGCAUAUGGUACACUACAUGACCAAAAGUAUGUGGACCUGUGCUCGUCCAAAAUCAUGGGCAUUAAUAUGGAGUUGGUCCACCCCCUUUGCUACUAUAACAGCCUCCACUCUUCUGGGAAGGCUUUCCACUAGAUGUUGGAACAUUGCUGCGGGAACUUACUUCCAUUCAGCCACGAGCAUUCGUGAGGUCGGACACUGAUGUUGGUCGAUUAGGCUUGGCUCGCAGUCAGCGUUCCAAUUCAUCCCAAAGGUGUUCAAUGGGGUUAAGGUCAGGGCUCUGUGCAGGCCAGUCAAGUUCUUCCACACCGAUCUCGACUAACCAUUUCUGUAUGGACCUCGCUUUGUGCACGGGGCAUUGUCAUGCUGAAACAGGAAAGUGCCUUCCCCAAACUGUUGCCACAAGGUUGGAAGCACAGAAUCAUCUAGACUGUCACUAUAUGCUGUAGUGUUAAGAUUUCCCUUCACUGGAACUAAGGGGCCUAGCCCAAAUCAUGAAAAACAGCCCCAGACCAUUAUUCCUCCUCCACCAAACUUUACAGUUGGUACUAUGCAUUGGGGCAUGUAGCGUUCUCCUGGCAUCUGCCAAACCCAGAUUAGUCCGUCGGACUGCCAGAUGGUGAAGUGUGAUUCACCACUGCUCCAGAGUCCAAUGGCGGCGAGCUUUACACCACUCCAGCUGAUGCUUGGCAUUGUGCAUGGUGAUCUUAGGCUUAGUGUUGCAACUGAGGACAGACGGUUUUUACGCGCUAAGCAUUUCAGCGGUCCCGUUCUGUGAGCUUGUGUGGCCUAACACUUUGCGGCUGAGCCGUUGUUGCUCCUAGACGUUUCCACUUCACAAUAACAGCACUUAGUUGACCAGGGCAGCUCUAGCAGGGCAAAAGUUUGACGAACUCUUGUUGGAAAGGUGGCAUCCUAUGACGGUGCCAUGUUGAAAGUCACUGAGCUCUUCAGUAUGGGCCAUUCUACUGCCAAUGUUUGUCUAUGGAGAUUGCAUGGCUGGUUCAUGCUCUACAACAUUCGUUGUAGAGUACGACCCUACCUUACACAGAAAGCGGCACAGGUCCUAAUCCAGGCACUUGUCAUCUCCCGUCUGCAUUACUGCAACUCGCUGUUGGCUGGGCUCCCUGCCUGUGCCAUUAUACCCCUACAACUUAUCCAGAACGCUGCAGCCCGUCUGGUGUUCUACCUUCCCAAGUUCUCUCAUGUCACCCCGCUCCUCCGCACACUCCACUGGCUUCCAGUUGAGGCUUGCAUCUACUACAAGACCAUGGUGCUUGCCUACGGAGCUGUGAGGGGAACGGCACCACCUUACCUUCAGGCUCUGAUCAGACCCUACACCCAAACGAGGGCACUACGUUCAUCCACCUCUGGCCUGCUAGCCCCCCUACCUCUACGGAAGCACAGUUCCCGCUCAGCCCAGUCAAAGCUAUUCACUGCUCUGGCACCCCAAUGGUGGAACAAGCUCCCCCACGACGCCAGGACAGCGGAGUCACUGACCAACUUCCGGAGACACUUGAAACCCUACCUCUUUAAGGAAUACCUGGAAUAGUAUAAAAGUAAUCCUUCUACACCCCCCCCCCCCCCCCCCCCCCCAUAAAAAAAUAAUAAAAAAAAGUUGUUGUCCCACUGGCUAUCAUAAGGUGAAUGCACCAAUUUGUAAGUCGCUCUGGAUAAGAGCGUCUGCUAAAUAAUGUAAAUGUGUGCUUGAUUUUAUACACCUGUCAGCAACUGAUGUUGCUGAAAGAGCCGAAUCCACUAAUUUGAAGGGGUGUCCACAUCACUUUGUAUAUACUGUGCAUUUGGAAAGUAUUCAGACCGCUUGACUUUUUCCACAUUUUGUUACGUUACAGCCUUAUUCUAAAAUGUAUUAAAUCAAUUACACACAAUACCCCAUAAUGACAAAGCGCAAACAGGUUUUUUGAAAUUUUAGCAAAUUUAUAAAAAAGUUAAAAACAUACCUUUUUAUUUACAUAAGUAUUCAGACCUUUUGCUGUGAGACUUGAAAAUGAGUUCAGGUGCAUCCUGUUUUGAGAUGUUUCUACAACUUGAUUGGAGUCCACCUGUGGUAAAUUCAAUUGAUUGGACAUGAAAGGCACACACCUGUCUAUGUAAGGUCCCACAGUUGACAGUGCAUGUCAGAGCAAAAACCAAGCCAUGAGGUUGAAGGAAUUGUCCGUAGAGCUCUGAGACAGGAUUGUGUCGAGGCACAGAUCUGGGGAAGGGUACCAAAACAUUUCUGCAGCAUUGAAGGUCCCCAAGAACACAGUGGCCUCCAUUCUUAAAUGGAAGUUUGGAACCACCAACACACUUCCUGUUGAACCCGAUCAAACAUCUCUGGAGAGACCUGAAAAUAGCUGUGCAGCGAUGCUCCCCAUCCAACCUGACAGAGCUUGAGAGGAUCUGCAGAGAAGAAUGGGAGAAACUCCCCAAAUACAGGUGUGCCAAGUUUGUAGCGUCAUACCCAAGAAGACUCUAGGCUGAAAUCACUGACAAAGGUGCUAAAACAAAGUACUGAGUAAAGGGUCUGAAUACUUAUGUAAAUGUGAUAUUUCAAAAAACCUGUUUUUGCUUUGUCACUAUGGGGUAUUGUGUGUAGAUUGAGGGGAAAAAACAAUUUAAUCCAUUUUAGAAUAAGGCUAACGUAACAAAAUGUGGAAAAAGUCAAGGGGUCUGAAUACUUUCUGAGUGCACUGUAUAGUGUAUGUUGGAAAUAAAGAUGAAACUGUUUUCAUUUAAAGAGAGGGGCUAGGCCAGGGACACUCCUUUCUGCAGCAUUCCUCCUUGCCUCGGCACAGGUGUUUAUCCACAUAUGUGGUAGAGGAAGUAACAGGGAGAGGGAGAACAGCCAGCUCAAACUUACAAAGGCCCCUCUAUAUAGUUUUGUGAAAGCCCCUUUUUUAAUCCAGAGCCAAUGAGCAAAGUUCUCUCCUUGGGUUUCAUGUCUGUAGGAGCGUAAGAAAAUGGAGGGAGUCAUGGAUACACUCCGGAGAAGGCAUGAUAAUGAAGUGGCAGAUCUGCAUACUGCUGUGGACAGGUUGUUGAAGGUAGGUGUCAUUCCUUUGAAACUUAUUUUACCUAUUUCACUUAUUGACCUGUUUUUGUUGGUGUUGAAAAGUUAUGAUGUUUGGCAAUCUUAUCCUUUUACACUACUCUAUUUACAUACACUGCUCAAAAAAAUAAAGGGAACACUUAAACAACACAAUGUAACUCCAAGUCAAUCACACUUCUGUGAAAUCAAACUGUCCACUUAGGAAGCAACACUGAUUGACAAUACAUUUCACAUGCUGUUGUGCAAAUGGAAUAGACAACAGGUGGAAAUUAUAGGCAAUUAGCAAGACACCCCCAAUAAAGAAGUGGUUCUGCAGGUGGUGACCACAGACCACAAAUGUGCAUGUGUCUGCUCAAACGGUCAGAAACAGACUCCAUGAGGGUGGUAUGAGGGCCCGACGUCCACAGGUGGGGGUUGUGCUUACAGCCCAACACCGUGCAGGACGUUUGGCAUUUGCCAGAGAACACCAAGAUUGGCAAAUUCGCCACUGGCGCCCUGUGCUCUUCACAGACGAAAGCAGGUUCACACUGAGCACGUGACAGACGUGACAGAGUCUGGAGACGCCGUGGAGAACGUUCUGCUGCCUGCAACAUCCUCCAGCAUGACCGGUUUGGCGGUGGGUCAGUCAUGGUGUGGGGUGGCAUUUCUUUCCUCCAUGUGCUCGCCAGAGGUAGCCUGACUGCCAUUAGGUACCGAGAUGAGAUCCUCAGACCCCUUGUGAGACCAUAUGCUGGUGCGGUUGGCCCUGGGUUCCUCCUAAUGCAAGACAAUGCUAGACCUCAUGUGGCUGGAGUGUGUCAGCAGUUCCUGCAAGAGGAAGGCAUUGAUGCUAUGGACUGGCCCGCCCGUUCCCCAGACCUGAAUCCAAUUGAGCACAUCUGGGACAUCAUGUCUCGCUCCAUCCACCAACGCCACGUUGAACCACAGACUGUCCAGGAGUUGGCGGAUGCUUUAGUCCAGGUCUGGGAGGAGAUCCCUUAGGAGACCAUCCACCACCUCACCAGGAGCAUGCCCAGGCGUUGUAGGGAGGUCAUACAGGCACGUGGAGGCCACACACACUACUGAGCCUCAUUUUGACUUGUUUUUAAGGACAUUACAUCAAAGUUGGAUCAGCCUGUAGUGUGGUUUUCCACUUUAAUUUUGAGGGUGACUCCAAAUCCAGACCUCCAUGGGUUGAUACAUUUGAUUUCCAUUGAUAAUUUUUGUGUGAUUUUGUUGUCAGCACAUUCAACUAUGUAAAGAAAAAAAGUAUUUAAUAAGAUUAUUUCAUUCAUUCAGAUCUAGGAUGUGUUGUUUAAGUGUUCCCUUUUAUUUUUUUGAGCAAUGUAGUUUCAGGCAGUUUUAAGCGUGAAUGUGAUUUCAGGUGAUAAAUAAUCAUAUUUAUUAUUCAUUUGAAAUGAAUGGAAACAUUUUCAUUGUAGUGCCAAGAUGAAUCUGAACUCAACAAUUCCAGGCAGGAUGUUGACAAACUACACCAACAAAUAUGUGGACUGACUAUGGUACGUUGGAUUAAUUCAAGAUAGACACAUAACUGUAUGUUGAGUCCCAUUUACAUUAUUUCCUGUACACUUUCCAGUAAUAUUCUACAUAUUGCAUGCUCUCCUCAGGAAAAUGAGCAGUUACGGAGUUCUCUCGUCAAAGCUCAGACAAACAUCUCCAUUCUGCAGGUAGAGAUGGACAAGCUGAAGAACAUGUAUGCAGACCAGAAACUUCAACAUGAGAGGUGAGAUCAGACUUCAUUCUCAGGUCCAAUGGAUCAAGUCCAACUCAGUUAAUACGGACUAGUUGAUUACAGGGCACAAAUGUAUUUGUAAAUUUUUGUUUUCCCAGAGAAAGUGAUGACCUGAAAAAGAUGGUAAUCGAGUACCAGUCUUACUCCAGUCACAUUGAAAUACUCCAGUAAGUCUGUCCGACCCGAUUGUCGGUUAGUAUGUCCUUUCAUGACAAUUGUUUUUGUUGUAUCGAAGUAAAGCAUAGCUUUGAGUCAUGCAUGCACAUCCGUGCAGUGCAAACCUUAUGCUCAUUGUUAAUAGAAGUUGACAGGCUAAAAGAUUAGUAAAGCAUAUGACAUGUUCUCUACAUUGACUCCUUCCUAUUAGGGUCAUGAACAAAAAGCUGUAUGACAGCAAUGAUGACUUGCGCUCUGCCUUAGUCAAUGAUGUGGCAUCAAGUAAAAGGAGGGUAAGUCUUGGUUGUUUUCACUCAAGAUAAGUUAGACUCACAUUUCCCCUUACAUUUGCAUUUAUAAGGCAUCUCUACAAUGCUUUAGUUUCUCUUUGUUUACAAAAGUGUUAUAAAUCAUCCCACAGCUAUCCCCCAACAGUGAAAUCGCAGCCCGAAGAAUGAAGCCAGUUCGACAAAGCACGCUUAUAAAGUACACAUACUAUAUCGUUAUCCUAUAAAUCUGGACCUAUUGAUUUGAUCAUGUGAAUUGACCACUUUUAACUCAUGUUCUUAUUUAUUCAUUCCUAUUUUUGGUCCAGUUCAGGGGGAGAGAACACAGCUGUAGACUCCAGUAAAACAACCUACUCCCAUGUAACCAGCUGGGCUGAUAGAUACCUGGACAGUGGUGUGUCCCUGCCUAUGGACACUACUGAAAGCUCAGGCAGCGAGUCUGACAGUGAUGUCUCUACAGAAACAGUACACCACAGUUAUUCAUAUGUGCCCUCAGACAUUGAGGUAAGGGUAACCGAAAGGUUUGACCAACUAUUUUAUUAGUACAUUUCACAUGCUAAUACAUGAAUUUACCUAUUUCUGUACCAGAUAUCAGACGUGAAAUCAGAUGCAAGUCAGGCAACACUGUCUGUAGCUCCCAGAAAACCUAGCUCCAUCGCUUCGUCCAUUCGGAGACGCUUGUCUGCUUUCCCCAUAAAGGUAAGGCAAUGAACUGAGAUAUUCAGUUUUGAUGCGCAGGAAGACAUUUUGUAUAGGGAGGUUUAUGUGGAAUUGGCAUAUGCAUUAUUCUUCAUAACUAUGUGAUGCUACUUGGUCCUCAGCCAACCGAAGCAGACAUCGUUGACACUGGUGGCUCUGCUCACAUGUACCGGUUAGUUUUGGCGGGAGAUGCAGGAUCAGGGAAGUCCAGCUUUCUAUUGAGGUUGAGUCUCAAUGAGUUCAGGGGAGAUAUUCAGACGACGUUGGGUAAGUACAGUAACAGGACAGUUUUUUUUUUAUAGUGGUAGAAUUAAUGCAGAAAGUGCAUUGCCCUUACCAUUACAUAAUGUUGUUCUUAGGAGUUGAUUUCCAAAUCAAGAAGAUGUUGGUGGAUGGAGAAAAAACUAACCUCCAGAUAUGGGAUACUGCUGGACAAGAGCGGUAUGUUUCUGUAUAUUGACAUUCUAAAAGCCUUGGUUACAGUCCUUAUGGUGUUGCUCUAAUUAAACAAAUGCUGGACAGAUUUAAAAUAAUCACACCUUUCAGUUGAACUGUCAAGCAAAAAAAAUACAUUACAUUUACAUCAUUUAGCAGACGCUCUUAUCCAGAGCGACUUACAAAUUGGUGCAUUCAACUUAUGAUAGCCAGUGGGACAACCACUUUUUUUGGGGGGGGAGAAGGAUUACUUUAUACUAUUCCAGGUAUUCCUUAAAGAGGUAGGGUUUCAAGUGUCUCCGGAAGGUGGUCAGUGACUCCGCUGUCCUGGCGUCGUGGGGGAGCUUGUUCCACCAUUGGGGUGCCAGAGCAGCGAAUAGCUUUGACUUGGUGCUGUGACACAUUGACAUACUAAAAGCCUUAAAUGUGUGGUCCCAUAAUGUCUUGGUGAUGUGGCUGUUAAUCUGAAGUGCUGCACAGAUUCCAAAUGAUCAUGUAAUGUCAAUAACUAAAUGGGAUUUCCCUGUUACUGAAGGUUCCGCAGUAUUGCCAGGUCUUACUUCCGUAAAGCCCAUGGAGUCUUACUGCUGUAUGAUGUCACUUCUGAGAGCAGCUUCCUUAAUGUCAGAGAGUGGAUGGGCCAGAUUCAGGUACCAGUCACAGUUGAGGGGUUUUAUGGUCCUUGGGAUUUAAAUAACUUGGAAUGGGAUUCCAAAAUAAUUGCUAAAUGGGUGUCUUAUUAUAGGCAGAUUUUAUGAGUUAAUUAAUUUUUUUGAGGCCAUAAUGGUCUUUGCAGGAUUAUUGUAAAUAAUAAUUUGUUCUCAACUGGCUUGCCUAGUCAAAUAAAAUUAAAAUAAACUGUGUAGUUUGGCUCCUGGAUGCUGAUUUGGCUGAAAGCCAUGGUAUAUCAGACCGUAUACAACGGGUAUGAAAAACAUUUAUUUGUACUCUUUUAAUUACAUUAGUAACCAGUUUAUAAUAGCAUUAAGGCACCUUGGGGGUUUGUGGUAUAUUGCCAAUAUACCAUGGCUAAGGGCUGUAUCCAGCAGGCGCUCCGUUGCGUCGUGCAUAAAAACAGCCCUUAGCCGUGGUAUAGUGGCCAUAUACCACAAACCUUAUUGCUGAAAUAUACAAUAUAAAAAGAACAAUUACGCAUAAAUCAGGAACUUACUGAAGAACAAACUUCCCUUAUCCCAGGAAUGCAGGGAUGAGCAACUCCCAAUGUGUGUGAUUGGGAACAAAGUGGACCUGCGAGAAGAUCGACCGGAGGGAAGCUGUGUCAGCACUGUCGACGGGGAAAGGCUGGCUAGGGUACAACUUUUUUUUUUUUCCAGUCAAAAUAACAAGAUGUUCAUGGGUCCAUCAACUAAAUAUUGAUCACAAUAUUACCAUAUGUUUCAGACAUACAAUGCCCUGUUCUGUGAAACUAGUGCCAAAGUGGGAACUAAUGUAGUGGAGGCAGUACUUCACCUGGCAAGGUAAGAAUCCUAAAACCCCUUCCAUCCAAUCCCUCCACUUCCCUACCACGAAUACCUAAACUAUAACUAAGAACUUAAUUUUUUCCUAACAGAGAAGUUAAAAAAAAUGUGAAACUGAGACGGCAAUCAGACUCACCGGUAAAGUUGAGUUUAAGCGGUCCAAAGAAAGCUCUGACUAACUGCUGCAGAGUAUAACCAUGGAGGCCCAUCACCAAAUGGAAUUGGGAAAUGCAUCUACUGACUGGAGACUAGGGAGGAUGGGGGCUCUAUUUUAGCGCCACAGCUUUUGUGAUGGAGAUCUGUUUUGUGUAGUAGUUCUGCAAUGAGUAGCUAAAAAUGUAUAACAAAUUGAGAUUACUGUAAAGUUAACUAAAUGUAUUUUAAUCUAAUAAUUGUCCAAUCUUUAGCAAUACAGUCAACUCCUGAUAAAUGUAAUAGUCCUGGACUCUCCUGAAUAUUGCACAUAACUGGUCUGGAGCAUGUAGAUCUCCAGAACUCAUCAGGAAUUGACUGCAUUCAUAUAUUGAAGAAAAGCACAGUUGAAGUUGUUCUAGCUCAGUCAAGAGACUGCAGUGGUCAAUGCCCUUGCUGUGGUUA